AUGGGUGUUACUCGCGCUUCUAAGGAGGCUUGGUUCUCCAAGCUCACCGAGCUCCUCGACACGUACUCGUCGCUCUUCGUGGUGAACGUGGACAACGUCAGCUCGCAGCAGAUGCACCAGAUCCGUUCGUCGCUCCGUGGCGAGGGUGUUGUGCUCAUGGGCAAGAACACCAUGGUCCGCCGUGCUCUGCGCAUGAUCAUCAACGAGCGCCCCGACCUCGAGAAGCUGAUGCCCUUUGUCCGCGGCAACAUCGGUUUCGUGUUCACCUCGGGUGACCUCAAGGACGUCCGCACCAAGAUUCUCGAGAACCGUGUGGCCGCUCCUGCCCGUGCCGGUGCUUUCGCCCCGUCGGACAUCUAUGUCUCGGCUGGCAACACUGGUAUGGAGCCCGGUAAGACCUCGUUCUUCCAGGCCCUCGGUGUGCCCACCAAGAUUGCCCGUGGUACCAUUGAGAUUGUCUCGGACGUCAAGGUCGUCGAGGCUGGCAACCGUGUCGGUCAGUCGGAGGCUACCCUGCUUAACCUGCUCAACAUCUCGCCGUUCACCUUCGGUAUGGUUGUUGUGCAGAUCUUCGACAAGGGCAACGUCUUUGACUCGAGCGUGCUCGACGUGAGCGAGGACGACCUCAUCGCCCGCUUCGCUCUCGGUAUCAAGCAGGUGGCUUGCGUUUCGCUCGCCAUCAACUUCCCGACCAUCGCCUCGGUCAUGCACACCCUUGUCAACUCGUACAAGAACCUGCUUGCCGUGUCGAUCGCCACGGACUACGAGUUCGAGGGCUCGGCCAAGAUCAAGGAGAUGCUCGCCAACCCCGAGGCCUUUGCUGCCGCCGCCGCCCCGGCUGCUGCCGCUGGUGGCGACGCUGGUGACGCCGCUCCUGCUGAGGAGGCUCCCAAGGAGGAGGAGGAGGAGUCGGACGGCGACAUGGGCUUCGGUCUCUUUGACUAA